AUGCCUUCUGAGAGGGACGUUGAGGAUACGAACAGUGUGGAGACUUCAGGAGACUUUAGGAGGGCCCGCCUGCAGGGAGAGCUGGAACAGCUGCAGGGCCUCGGACUGCAGCAGUGGGAGGAGGGCAGCGCUGACGCCCAGCAGUGGCUCUUUGCUGCCAUCCACUCGGGGCCACUCUGGGAGCCGCUGGGAGCCCUCGUACUGCUCGUGGGUCACCUCUGGCUGACCAGGAAGCAGUGCCGUGAGUCGGGGAAGUCGCCGAGCCCAAAGUGCAGCUGGGCAGAGAGGCAGCAGGAUAGGGAGGAGGAGAAGGAGGAGGACAGGGAGGACGAGGAGGAGUGGGAGAGCACCGUUGAGAGGCAGGAGACGAUGUGUCUGCAGCAGGAGCAGAUCCAGCGCCCGACGUGGAUCGUGCCCGACCCCUGCAAGGCGCUGAAGGAGCUGCUGGGCGAGCUGCUCUCCACCUGUCACAUGCUUACCUUGGGCUCCUUCUUCCCACGCCUGGGCCCGGGUAUCCACGUGGAGGGAGCCUCAGGGGAUGGAAGCUACAGCCUCCUGGUGCCGCUGCUCCCGCCACCUGGCCAUGCUUUCCAGCUGGAGACGGCCAAUGACCAUCCGUGCUCACCGUGGCAGGGCCGUGUGCGUGUGCAGCUGAAGUGCGUGUGCGCGCGGCAGCAACUCUUCGAUGACACGCGCUGCCUCCUGCACCAGCCCGCGGCACCGUCGGAUGCCUGCCACGUCCCCUGCCUCCUGUGCACCCUCUGCACCCGCUCCUUCCUGGAUGUACACAAGACGGCGCGCUGGUUCCGGCACCUGCUGCAGGCAGCCUGGCUGCUGCUGCCCACCUCGCGGAACUGCCGCCUUGUCAUGCUGUCCUGCGCGCGCACCUGCCAGCUCCGCCUGCACAGCGCCUCCGGGAGCAGCCUGCUCAUCCACAUCAUCUUUGGUGUGCGGCAAGGCAAUCUGGCCGUCUUCUGGACAGAACAUUUUUUCAGUCCUUUCCUUUACAUGGUAUCUCAAUGA